UGGCUAGUUUCUAAUAAGUUUGGCUUCGUGAAGACUUUUGCAGGGCAAUGGACAACGCUGAAUGAGCUGAAGAAUUGGAAGCUUUUGCUGAAAACUUGGGUUAUUGCACUCUGUGACGCAACCGACGCACCAUCGAGUUUGUGUUUUUAUGGUCGUUUAUGUCACCAACAUAAACGGACCGAGAAUGUACUUCAACUCGGCUGCUUAUAUUACUCAUUUUGUUAUGCUUAUAUUACUAAUUUUGUUAUGCUUAUGUUACUAGUUUUGUUAUCCAGCAAAUAUAAAAGGUAAUAGGGUCAUGCCGCUCCAAUAUGGCUAUCACCUUUAUUUGUCACGACGAUCAUGCGUCGCACAUGCUCGAAAGUAAGAAUUGGUGCUAUGAGUGCUCUCGUAUAUGAUCUGAUUUCGGAUUUCAACUUUCUAUUUCAAAUUAUGCAAAUUACAGUGGCGUUGUUAUGGGUAAAGUAUGAACGCACUUUGACUAGGCACAAUCAUAUCAAAUCUGCUGCUGUGAUAGAAGUGGUAGAACCCGCAUCCAGAUCCGAGUGUCGCUCAAGUGUAUUUUGUGCUCAUUUGGUAAAGUUAUUGCACUUUAGUGCCCGCGAUGUAACAGCCAGUGUAUAAUACAAAAUUUCAAAUUUCCCUUUACGCACAUCGAAACCUUUAGUACCACAUCUAUGAACAUUAUCAGUAACGAUUACGAUUAGAUGUUUUGUCCUUUACGCAGCCUUAGUGGAUCUUGUUGGACAAAUCUGAAUUAAAGAGUUUUGAGUUGCUAAGAAAUGCGCUGGUGGCCAUCAACAUUUCCACGCGUUUCACUUUGUUUUGUUGCCAUAAGCCGGUUGGUGAACCCUGUUAAUAAUAUCUGGUAUCCAAUUCAUGUAUUUGCCGUCACGUUGGCUUGACCUCAGAAGCACUAGCUUUUUGUCAAAUUAGCCUCGUAUCAUAAACUUUCUCUUCGUUGUAUGACGUCAGGAAGUGCAAAAUUCAACAAUCUAUUACUUCACAACCUGUCGAAGCGCCUUCCUGCAAAUUCGAUUCUUCAUUCUUAUACACAGGAAUCGCGUCGUGCCAAUUAUCCAUGGGAUCUGGAGGAUGAUCAUAGCACCUUGCUACCUACACAAGAAUAAGCUUUUCUAUUUUAGCAUAGGAGUUGCAUUCGAUUGUUCUUCAAACACAUAAGGUCCAAUGGUCGUGGAAGUCGCGAUUUCUAUGAUUUGCUGAUUGGAGUCUUUUUCCGAGAUAUAAAUUCGCCUUCUGC